AUGUCUAAAUUGUAUCCUUCUCACAUUCCGCUGUCUCCAGUAUCCAAGAUUCUGAUGGGGAUUGGAUCUGCGGCCACAGCAAUUACUGAUCCAAGAAGAGGCGACAUGGUGGCAGCGAUGGGUGAAACAACUGCAUUGACGCCAAUUUUGGAAAAUCUAAGACAACGAAUGGGAAGCGAUGUUGCUGGUAGGAAAUUGCUUAAAGAGAAACCUCGCAUCACCAAUCAGACAAUUGAUAGAAAAACAUUGGCUAGUUUUCCGCGAGGAACUCUUGGACGGAAAUAUUCUGAAUUUUUGGAGAAAUUGAAGACGUCACCUGAUGCGCGCCCGCCCGUGAAAUACAUUGACAAUUUGGAGUAUCUUUAUGUAAUGCAAAGAUAUCGCGAAACCCAUGACUUCACGCAUAUUGUUCUCGAGCAGAACACGAACAUGAUUGGCGAGGUAACAGUCAAAUAUUUCGAAGGAAUUCAAUUCGGACUUCCAAUGUGUGUGACUGGAGCGAUAUUUGGUGGCGCCCGAUUGCUAACUAAACAUCGACAGGAAUUGCUUGAUAAACGACUUCCUUGGGUUAUUGAGCAGGCCAAGUCAUCCAGAUUUUUCUUGGCGUAUGACUGGGAAAACCACUUCGAUAAGCAAUUAGAGGAUAUCCAACGGGAGCUUAAUGUUGUGCCGUACGAGUAA